AUGUAUUCCGAUUCGUGUAAUUACCAGACACAUACAUGCACGGAGCAAGUGAAGGAUACAAAGCGCACAAACGAGCACCUGCUCACAACGAUCCACCUGAAGCAUCUAACGCAUCCAAGAAAGGCGACAGUCUUCGAGUACCAGGGGGAGGGUCCGCCCCACAAUGCCCCUCCCUACGGUCCAGGAGAUGCUGGUCCUCAUUACAAUCCCCAAUAUGGCCCCCCAGGUUCAGGACCCCAAUAUGGAUCCCCUGGCGGAGGACCCCAAUAUGGCCCCCAGGGCGGGGCACCUCCUUAUGGACCCCAGGGUGCCGGACCCCAAUAUGGCCCCCAAGGAGGGGCACCCCAAUAUAGCCCCCAGGGUGGGGGACCGCAGUACGUGCCGCAAGAUGGCGCCAUGUACCACCCGCAGGGGGCGCCACCGAUGUCUGGGCCAUACACGGCACAACCGCAACCCGGUGCCAAUGUCGUGUACUAUCAGUCAACAUGCUAA